UGGGUUCUCAGUUCGCUGUCAGUAUGGGGAGGAGGCAGUGGGUUGGGUUCUCAGUUCGCUGUCAGUAUGGGGAGGAGGCAGUGGGUUGGGUUCUCAGUUGUGUGUCAGUAUGGGGAGGAGGCAGUGGGUUGGCUCUGCACUGCAGUCUUCAGGAAGUGAAUUGCUGGGAUUUGCUCUGCACAGAUGAAGCGGGAAUAAGGAGGCCUCUGUGUAUACAGUGUACAGAGAGGGUGUGUGAUGUCCUCCACAAGAAGAGGUAGGUGGGAUGUCCUCGGUGCAAACGGUGCAGAUCCUCCUGGGAUCCAGAUGUUACCUUGUCCCCCGCGACCAGCUGGUGGCUCAAAGUGGCUUCUUCCAAGCUCUUUUCCGCUCAGGGAUGAGGGAGAGUACCGAUGAAGUGGUGACUUUGCAUGGACUUACCCAUGAGGGCCUUGAGGGCGUCCUGCGUCACAUCACGGGGGGACCAGUGCAGCCAUGCAGCCCUGUGGAAGAAAAAAAGUGUGGCCCUAAAGCACUUACCGACGAGUGUCCAUCAGGCCAAGAUGAGCCAAGCUUUGUCCAGGAAGCCCUGUCACAAGGCCCUAUGCAGGCAUUGGUGGAAGCUGCCUGUUAUUUGCAGGUCCAGGGUCUGUUGUCUUUCUUGCAGUCCUCAUUGUCAGAGGACACUUGCCUGGACCUCCUGGACGUGUCGCAGCUCCAUGGCCAGUGGGAUCUGGCUGAAGCCUGCCUCCGUUACAUGGCUGUUCACUACCACUGUAUGCUGCAGAGAGUGGACUUCCAGGAGAGCCCUCAGUCUCUCAAAGAGCACGUCCUCCAAGAGCGUCUACGAGGUGUUCCAGCUCUGUUGCUCUUGUCGCAGCAGAGCGACGAUUCUUGGGUGCUUUUGCGGUACCUGGAGGUUGGAAAUGGUUGGCAGGUCAUGCCAAGUGAUGUCCCACAGAGCAUGCUACGGGUACAGGGCUACGGGGCAGCCUCCCUCAACAACUAUCUCUUCGUGGCUGGAGGGACCCGUGAGAAUGGUCAAGAGGUGAGCGCUGUCCACUCCUAUAACCCCAGCACUGGAUUCUGGACCGAAGAGCCCGCAAUGAACCAGAAAAGGUACAAUUUCCGUCUCCUCGCAGUGGGCGGGUCUCUCUACGCUGUUGGUGGCCAGUCCUUACAGACCAUGGAGACCUUCAAUCCUGCACAAAACACAUGGAACCUGGCAGCCCCCCUUCCAGACCCCCUGGUGGAGUUCUCAGCUUGUGAGAGCCUGGGGAAGAUCUAUGUGGUCGGGGGUUACACCCCACGAGGACGUAACCUAAAGGUGUUGCGGUACUGCCCGGCGGCCGACCAGUGGACGGAGGUUGAUAUUUGGCGCCAUCACAUCCGGAAGCAGCAGAUGGUGUCCAUUGAGGAGACUUUGUACUCGGUGGGCGGAUUCAUACGGGAUGGUCAGUCCGGACAGAGCGAGGACUCAUUGAGCAUACACUCCUAUGACACUCGGACCAAAGAGUUCACCUGCCUCAAAGUGAACACCUCCAAAUCGGGGCUGAGUAUCUGCUGUACUCUGCACAACGACGGCAUCUAUAUCCUGAGCCGCGACGUCAACCACGGCACGCUGGGCAAGCACCGCGUGUUCCUCAAGUACUGUGUGUUCUCGGAGGUCUGUGAGUACGUCCGCGGAGCCCCGUCUGAGGGCCACAACAUGCACUUGUUUUCUGUCUACCUUUCCUAGAGGCUACAACGUAGCGGUACUGUGAAAGUAAACAGAACCGCCACCCAACCUUCACU